AAUUGUCCAAAGUCCCAUAAUCCCACGACUAAAAAUAAUCCAAUGACACAGGAUAAUCCCACCCAACUCCCUCAAGUCCUGCUUCUUUUCCCAAAUCCCUGCUUCACAGUCCUGGAGUCCAAAGCCUCUCACAAGUUCCACUUCCUCAAAGCCUGGGACUCCCCUCUCCCUCAGGCCCAGUUCCUCCAGUCCCACGCUAACUCCACCCAGGUCCUCCUCUCCUCCGCCCUCGGACCCCCCAUCACCGCCCAGCUCCUCCAAUUACUUCCAUCCUUGAAGCUCCUAAUCACCCUCAGCGCAGGCCUCAACCACGUUGACUUUUCCGCGUGUCUGGCACGCGGCGUGCGCAUUGCCAAUUCCUCUCCAAUCUUCGCUGCCGAUGUCGCUGACAUGGCUGUAGGGUUGUUUCUGGAUGUCAUGAGGAAGAUUUCGGCCGCUAAUCGGUUUGUCCGGGAUGGGUUUUGGGUUAGCCGAGGAGAUUUUGUUCUUGGUACUAAGGUAGGAGGGAAGCGAGUUGGUAUAGUUGGAUUGGGACAUAUUGGCUUAGAAGUUGCUAAAAGACUUGAGGCAUUUGACUGCAAAAUCUUGUACAACUCAAGGAAGGGAAAACCUUCUGUUUCUUACCCUUUCUAUUCCGAUGUUUGUGAACUUGCGGCUAACAGCGAUGCUCUUGUCAUUUGCUGCGCGUUGACUGCUCAAACCCGCCACAUGAUUAACAAGAACGUCUUGUUGGCGUUGGGAAGAGAGGGAGUGAUUGUUAAUGUAGGGCGUGGAGCUAUUAUCGAUGAGAAGGAAAUGGUCCAGUGUUUGGUGCAAGGAGAGAUCAAAGGUGCAGGCUUGGAUGUGUUUGAGAAUGAGCCUGAAGUUCCGAAAGAGCUGUUUGGUCUAGAUAAUGUUGUUUUGUCGCCGCAUAAAGCUGUCUUGACAGCAGACUGUUUCACGGAUUUGACUGAUCUAGCAAUGGCGAAUUUGGAGGCAUUCUUCUCAAAUAAACCUUUGCUUUCCGAAGUGGUGAAUUAUUGAAUAGCUUUCUGUUCGCAGGGUACAAAUAGUUGAUACAAUGAAUAAGGCAACGAGAGAAGAGGAGGAGGAAGAAGUGUCAUAUUGCUAUUUGUAUUUGUUUGCGGAGUUAUAUGAUUUGCAACGAAUAAGGCGACAAGAUAAUGAUGACGGAUUGAUUGUUAGAUUCUCAAUCUGAUUUCAUGCCUUGUGAACGUUGGAAAAUUUAAAUUUUAAUUUAUUAUAAUAUGAAAUUUAU